AUGGCGCUCUACCCAUUCCACGGCGCAUGGCACGGCGGCGCCGCAGUUCUGGCAGCCAGUCAGCUAGCUCUGGAGCAGGUCAACCAACGAGACGAUGUACUUCCGGGUUACCGACUUAACCUUCUUUGGAAUGAUACAGGGUGUGAUCCUGGUCUUGGCCUGGACCUCAUGUUUCAACACCUGUACAGUCCACCCACAAAGAUCAUGAUUAUAGGUGCGCUGUGUUCCAUAGUUUCCCAGGCAACAGCCCAAGUGUCACAUAGGUGGAACGUGGUACAGCUGUCCCCCGUGUCGUCGUCCCCGGCGCUGUCCAACAAGUCUCGCUUCAAGAUGUUCCUCAGAACCAACUCCCCCGACAGCGACAUCAACCCGGCCAAGAUAGAGAUGUUCACCCAGUUCGGCUGGUCCAAGAUCGCCACCAUCCACCAGGCGUUUGAACUAUUCUCUGUGGCCAACGAUGGUUUAAUUGGAUUAAUGAAGAAAAAAGGAAUGACUGUUGUGACGUCUGAAAUUAUCACAACCGACCCAAUCAUACAAGUACGCAACCUCCAGGAGAGUGGUGCCAGGAUCAUUGUUGGAAGUUUUUAUGCUGACAUGGCGGUGCGCGUGUUUUGUGAAGCGUACAAAAUUGGUCUCUAUGGUCCUAAAAUCGCGUGGAUACUUGUUGGCUGGUAUUCGGAAAACUGGUGGAAUGUUUCAGUCCCGAACACGGACUGUACGAUAGACCAGAUAAAGGAGGCUAUAGACGGAUACUUUGCCGUGGAUCCGAUACGGGUGAAUCCGAAACCGGAGCUGACCAUUUCUGGCCAGACCGCCCACGAAAUCCAGAAGCUGUUUUUGCAGCGGAUAAACCACGAGCCGUUACCAGCUCUUAACAGCGGGCUGCAGGGAUUCGACGCCAUCUGGACUGCCGCUCUGGCCCUGAAUAAAACGAUGACAGAUCUUGAGAAUAACGGUUCUGCGAGGCUGGAGAAUUUCACCUACCAAGACACGGAGAUGGGCAAGCUGCUCUUUAACAACGCCAUGAACACCGAGUUCCCGGGGGUCCGCGGCUGGAUCUCCUUCAAUAAGAAAGGCGACCUCAACUCCAUCUACAGAAUCGACAGAUUCCAAGAUCAUGUUAACAUAUCCUAUAUUGGUGAGAGUCAUGAGGGUCUACAGUUCAGUUCUUGUUGGCACAUGUGA